AUGAAGUUCUACUCAAAACAAAGCAAUCACAAGAAGUCCCGGCGCGGCGCUCACAAGAACACCACCUACCGAGGCUUCUGCUGCACUUGCAGAUUAAGCAUCUCGUCACCGGAGGAGACCGAGCCGUACUUCUCCGGCACGCCGGAGUACAUAUCGGCCACCCUCCAUACCUUGGUUCAGGACAGACUGGAGAAGCUUAUGCAGGAGAUGAAGGCAAAGGAGGAGGAGAAAAAGAAGAAGAGAAGGAAGAAGGAUGAUCAGAAGGAAGACAUGUCCAGUUUGGUGGUGGGAACAGACGAUUACAAGGUGAAGAGAGUCGCGUUUGCUGUUGAAAAAGAGUCCUUCGAACCACGGGAGGAUCUGAAGUGGUCAAUGGUGGACAUGAUAAAGGCCAAUGGGAUGGUGGAACCCCAUGAGUUGAGAAGGCUCCUGCAAUGUUACCUGGCCAUGAACUCAGAGGGGUGUGCUGCUCUGAUUCUUGAGGUCUUCCAUGAGGUCUGCUCUCUAAUCUUCAUGGAUUCUCUUGGUCCCCAGGUCAUGUAA